ACCGGGGCCGCUGCUCACCGCACGCACGCGGGGGAGCGGGGCAGCCCCUCGGGAGUGGGGUGGGGGUGUCUUAUUCCACUGGGUCUCUCCCACCGGCGUCCCUCGGUAGCCGCUUCCCUCCCCUCACGGAGCCGGGGGAGGCCUGAGGGACGCCCCGUCCCCCACCGUGAGCGGGGAGAUCCGGCGGCCGCUUCCCGCCUCCCCCGUGCCUGGCGGGGAAGGCUGAGGAGAGCCUGUCUCGGGCCUGUCUCACCCAGAGGAGGUGGUUUAGGUGUCCUUCCUCUCUACCUCCGCUCGCUGCCGGCGGUGGGUGGCAGCCAGGCUGCGGGGAGGGAGAGCUGCCUCCCGGAGGGAGAGCACCCGGGGGACCGCAGACCCUGCUGGGUGCACCCACCCGGCCGGGCGGGAGCGAGUCACGGCCUUUCUGGUGCUCUGUCUCUGCCUUGAAGACAAGGGGCUUCUUUGUGAAGCUUAUUUUUUAAGAUGACUGUGUAAAAUCGUAUGUCAAAGAUUGAUUGCUGUUUACAGCCAAGGGUGGUAUUGGAAGAAGAUGGGUUUUCAGCCUGAGCUGUUCAAGGGGAACAUUAAGAGCUUUAGUAAUGGAGCCCGAGGUUCAGCAGUUCCUUGCCUUAAUGUUUUGUGGCUGCAUCUGUGGGUAGAUAUCCCUUUCUGUGGGAAGAGGCAGAGAAGGCCCGUAGGGAAAAUUAAUGCAAUCAGUGUAAUUUGAAUCUGCUUUGUCCCUAGAUGGCUAUCAGGUGGUUGGAUCUGGACUGUUGCCCCCACAGCUCUUUCUUCAUAGCUGCCUUGCCCACAUUUUUCAGGGUUCCUAGCUGACAGAAUUGAAUAAUAAUGUGGAAGUUCAGCAGACUCUUGUAUCUUGUUAGCUCAAACCAGAUCUUAAUAUUUGAUGUGCAGAUAAUGUGGUAAAACUUCCAAUAUUUUUACAGCUCCAGAGGCUAAAGUUCUUUACUCAUGAAUGAAAAGAAAUAUCAGUUGGUGACACAAGUGCAGGGUAAUUGGUGAUGUAGAUGGUUGCUUCAUUUGAAGGAUUUCCAACAACUCCAACACAAAAGCAUUGAAGGUCAGUUUGCUCUGCUGCCACCCUGUGACUCACCUGGUAGUAGCCCAAAUUUUGGGUCUGUGUUAUCUCACCAGCUAGUUCAGCUGGAAGACCUAGUAAUGGUUUGUUGGUGGGUUUUUGGUUGGUUUUUUUUCUUGCUACCAGCUAAUGCAGAAUCUAUUCUCAUGACAUACAGCUGGAAAACCCCAGAGCUCAUUUCUGGGCUCUCCCAUGGUCUGCUUAUUGAAGUACUUGUACAGAUGAUAAAAAGGGCCCCAAAGCAGCUAGUCGAAGCUUAUUUUCCCAAGGUGAUCAUUUGUAGCAUUGCCUUGGGUUCAAACAGAAUCUUCUGUACCUCUAACCCCUUUAUUUCAUCUUCCCAUUGAAGAAGAAAAGGAGCUCUCAGUUAGACAUGUCGUGGAUCAGAGAAGGAGAGCUGACUAUCAUAGAGAGAUUUUGUGCCAACAUCAUCAAGGCAGGUCCAAUGCCCAAGCAUGUUGCCUUCAUCAUGGAUGGCAAUCGCCGUUAUGCCCAAAAGUGUCACGUGGAGAGACAGCAGGGGCAUUCACAAGGCUUUGAUAAGCUGGCACAGACACUACGGUGGUGCUUAAAUCUGGGCAUCCGGGAGGUCACUGUUUAUGCCUUUAGUAUUGAGAACUUUAAACGCUCCAAGGAGGAGGUGGAUGGACUAAUGGAUCUGGCAAGACAGAAAUUUAGCCGCCUACUGGAAGAACAGGAGAGCUUGAGGAAGCACGGUGUGUGUAUCCGUGUCCUUGGAGACCUGCCACUUCUGCCUGUGGAUAUUCAGGAGCUGAUUGCCCAAGCUGUGCUGGCAACUAGGAACUACAACAAAUGCUUUCUAAAUGUCUGCUUUGCAUACACAUCGAGACAUGAAAUCAGCAACGCUGUGAGGGAGAUGGCCUGGGGGGUGGAACAAGGACUGCUUGAACCCAGUGAUGUGUCUGAAUCGUUGCUUGAUAAGUGUCUGUACACCAACAACUCCCCUGACCCAGACCUCCUGAUUCGAACCUCUGGAGAGGUUCGAUUGAGUGAUUUCUUGCUCUGGCAGACAUCCCAUUCAUGCCUGGUGUUUCAGUCAGUCUUGUGGCCCGAAUAUUCCUUUUGGAACUUGUGUGAGGCCAUCCUUCGGUUCCAGAUGAACUACAGUGCUUUACAGUCUAGUGUGAGCGAUUUGCUGAGAGCCCAAGGCUUGGCUGAAUGAAGCUCCGUGCACGAACCUCGUCUUGUGUAAGUAGCAAAUAGUAGCUUGGAUAAAAAUGUGUCGAGGUGAUGGGAGCUGUCGACUUUUAAACUUCUUUUGCUCUUUUUUAUUUUCUCUGUCUUCACAUUUCAGGAAGCUGUCUGUGGAAAUAGUUUAAUCUCCAUGAGAUGGAGUACCCUCCAGUCUGCUUUGCCAGCCUGAUGGGGAGGGUGUCUUCUACCCAAAAAUGUACUUUUGCCUUAAAGGUUUACACUUGUGUUAUGAUGAUACAGGUGUCCAAAGCUGAAGUGGUGGUUUUCCACAAAGUAGUAUACUAGUACUGUUGCAGGUGUAGUAAUUGAGGGAUCUGGUUUACAGAAGCCUUGGAAGGAAAGUUUUUAAUCCCUUUUAUAAAAGUCAUUGCUGUAGUAGGGGAGGAGAAAAAGCUCUUCAAGCUGUGGAAAAAGGCUUGUGUUAGCUGACAGUUUGUUUAUUCCACCUGCAUUAGUUAUUCUUGUAAAAUAGCAACUUUCCCUCUAAUCCUUGCUUCAUUAGAGGGUGGGCAUAACUCCGGGUUUCAGGAGUGCAUCUUUUUCCAGUGAAUCUUUGUGACAGUUGUGGGAAUAGAGCUACAGGCUUCUUCCAGUGAGAAUUUAACUUCCUAAUUCAUGUUUAUAGGGUGAGGAUGUGGAAUAAAAAAAAAAUUAGCAUGACUGGAAAAAUGUGCUCUUCUGGCAUUUGAGAUCUGAAAAAGCCUGAGAGAUUACCUGGGGAGGGAAGGGGGGGCAGUGUGCUCCUUGGGGUGUUUUUCUGGAUGAGGUUCAAUUAAAAGGUGAAGAGUUCAGGGCGGAAUGAAGUGUAUAUCUUCUAAUUGGAUUUGUAGCAAGCAGGCAGUGCCUGUAUCCAGGUGUGGGGAAGGAGCCCAACUUUACCAGCUGUUUAGCGUGAGCAGUGGGCACCUGUGUGAAUUGGCUUAGUCUCAAUUUCUUGCAUUUUGAUUUUUUUCCUCUUAUUUCAGCAUUUUCCUUCCUCUCCCUCCCUUCUCUUUGGAUAUAACCCUCCCUAGCUCCCUUUUUCUUUAUUAUUUUUUUUUUUUUUUACAGGAGAAAGCGCUAACCUUCAUUCCCCAGCCCUGCCUCCGGGACUGCCUCUCCAGCUCGCCGGGAUGGGGUGGGGAUGGGGUGGGGGGGGCGGGCAGGGUUCCGUGCUCGCUGCGGCCCCGCGGGAGCGGAGGUGCUGCUGGUGCUGAACGAACAGCUCCGCUCACCUGCGCGCUGCACCGCGCAACCCCGCACGCCGCGGGGGCGGGUUUGCAGCUCCCCGCGGAGGAAUUCGAGGGGAGUAGGGGGGGGUGGGGGGUGGCCCCCUUUCCUCAUGCCUGGAGGGGAGGAGCGGCCGCGCUGCCAGGCAGGGCCCG